CCGAUACCACCACACUCGGGGUCCUCUACAAAUCUCUCUAACCUGAAUCUGUUUCCUAUUUAUAAAAUGGUGUUGCUAUUGCUCACCCUGUAAUACUAAUUUUUUUUGCGUGCCAGGUACUGUUCUAAGCACUUUAUGGAUCUCAACUGUAAGAUUUUUUUUGUUCUUAUCUUGAUUUUGCAGGUGAGGAAACUAAAGCACAGAGUCAGUGUUUUUUUCCCAAAAUCACACUGCUAGAAAGUGGUAAAGUUGAUUCCAAUGCUGGUAUUUUUUUUUUAGAGUCCCUGCUUGAAGCCAGUAGCAUUUGGUAGUAUAUAAUCAACUUUUUUUUAACUGCUGCUGUCAUUAUUAUUUAUUAAUGUACUUUAAAUGUUGGGAGUUUUUUUACCCAGUGUUUAGUGUGUAUUUUAAGAUCCUCUUGGAAAAUGAAGUGCUUUUUUUUUUUAAUUUGUUGAGGACCGGGUCUCAGUUUUGUCUUUGUCUCCCCGGCAUUUUUUUUUAUUAGGAAUUCCUGGUAGUAAAUGUCUGUUGGGUGGGUGAAAUGGAAGCACUCCUGGUAGACAGAAAUCCUGUUGUGCUUGCUCUCUGGAGACCUAACAUUGCAGCUUUGGGCACGUCACUAGGUCUCAGCAUUGUCAACUGGAGUAGAAAGAUUACCAUUUUUUUCCUGGGGGUUAUUUUGGGGGAUUAAUUGCCGUAUUCUGGGUCAAUGUGAUUUUUUUUGCUCACACAAACUGUUCUUAUUACUUUUAGUUUAUUGCUUUAUAAAUAUUUUUUUUCUUCCCACAGACCCCUAAGUUUUCUGAGCCUAGGUACAGAUGUACUCAUUUUUUUAAUCAAGGUAGUUACUGAUUGUCUGUUUCUUUCUCUUUGUUGUCUACUCUUUUUUUGAUACCUCCUCUGAAAAAUGGCAGAAGCAGUUUUCCAUGCCCCGAAGAGUUUUUUUAGAGUGUAUGAGACUUACGAGUCUCCAUUGCCAAUCCCUUUUGGUCAGGACCAUGGUCCUCAGAAAGAAUUCAAGAUAUUCCGUGCUGAAAUGAUUAACAACAAUUUUUUUUUGAGGAAUGCAGAGGACAUUGAGCAGCUCUAUGGGAAAAGGGUUAUUUGGAAAAGUAUUCUUUCAAGAAGCUGUCCAAACUUCACAAUUUCAGAUCCUAAACUGGUUGCUAAAUGGAAAGAUGUGAAGACAAACAUGCCUAUCAUCACAUCAAAGAGGUAUCAGCAUAGUGUUGAGUGGGCGGCAGAGCUGAUGCGUAGACAGGGGCAGGAUGAGAGUACAGUGUGCAGAAUCCUCAAGGAUUACACGAAACCGCUUGAGCAUCCUCCUGUGAAAAGGAAUGAAGAGGCUCAAGUGUAUGACGAGCUUAACUCUGGAAUGGUUUCUAACAUGGAAGGCACAGCAGGGGGAGAGAGACCUUCUGUGGUAAACGGGGACUCUGGAAAGUCAGGUGGUAUGGGUGAUCCCAGUGAGCCAUUAGGCUGCCUGCAGGAGGGCUCUGGGUGCAACCCAACAACAGACGGCUUUGAGAAAAGUGUGAGAAAGGACGCUGCACCUCUGCCCCAAGUCUGUUGCUGCAAACAAGAUGCUCUCAUCCUCCAGUGUGGCCCUCACCAUGAGGACGGCAGCCAGCACGUCGGCCUCCUGCAUGCUGGGGACAGGGGGCCUGACCAUGAGUACGUGCUCGUCGAGGAAGUGGAGUGUGCCGUGAGCGAGAGGGAGGAUGCCCCAAAUGAGGAAGCCUUCUUCUUGGUCUAUGCUCUGGGAUGUUUAAGUAUUUACUAUGAGAAGGAGCCUUUAACGAUAGUGAAACUCUGGAAAGCUUUCACUGUAGUUCAGCCCACGUUCAGAACCACCUACAUGGCCUACCAUUACUUUCGAAGCAAGGGCUGGGUGCCCAAAGUGGGACUCAAGUACGGGACAGAUUUAUUACUGUAUCGGAAAGGCCCUCCAUUUUACCAUGCAAGUUAUUCUGUCAUUAUCGAGCUAGUUGAUGACCAUUUUGAAGGUUGUCUCCGCAGGCCUUUCAGUUGGAAGUCCCUGGCUGCCUUGAGCAGAGUUUCUGUUAAUGUCUCUAAGGAACUUAUGCUGUGCUAUUUGAUUAAACCCUCAACUAUGACUGAUAAGGAAAUGGAGUCACCAGAAUGUAUGAAAAGAAUUAAAGUUCAGGAGGUGAUUGUGAGUCGAUGGGUUUCUUCACGAGAGAGGAGUGACCAAGACGAUCUUUAACAAUUCAACCUCAAAUUUCUAAUUUCACCAACAACUAUUUAUUGAGGGCUAGUGGCUGGUAGGUUUUCCUGGUUCUAGGAGUAAUUCAUGCAUGCUGUAGAGGCUUUGGAGAAUUACCUUCGUAUAGAUCAUUUUAGUCUUUCAGACAGGAAACACUUCGGCACUUACUGUGAAAAGGAUCCCGGUGGUCAUCCCAUGAACACUAAUCGAGUCCCAGAUGUGUGCUCUGGGGAGUGCUGAACAGUGGAGUGAAGAAGCACAUCUCGGGAGGUGCUGGGAAGAAACUUGGGAUGUCAUCUGGGGAACAGAGUUACUGCCAGUGCUGAGUCUCCCUGCCGCUUCAGUUAGCAUUUAGCUGAUAUGAUAAAGGAAACUUAAUCGAAGGAGUCUCAGUUCAUAAUUCUACGGACUGAGCAACAUUGCCAUCUGUUGGUGUAAAUCAGUAACUGAUUUCCUUUAUUAGGGGCAAAACCUAUAGAUUGGUAUGUGGUCUUAUUAAGAGGAGGGGGCCAGGCGCAGUGGCUCAUGCCUGUAAUCCUAGCACUUUGGGAGGCCGAGACAGGUGGAUUGCUUGAGGCCAGGAGUUCAAAAGCCAGCAUGGCCACCAUGGUGAAGCGCCGUCUCUACUAAAAAUACAAAAAAUUAGCCAGAUGUGGUGGCGGGCGCCUGUAAUCACAGCAACUCAGGAAGAAUCGCGUGAACCCGGGAGGUGGAGGUUGCAGUAAGCCGAGAUCACACCACUGACUACAGCCUGGGCAACAAGAGCAAAACUCCAUCUCAAAAAAAAAAAGGAAUUCGUAGCCUGCUGAAGCGCGAGAGAAGAAAUAUGAGGCCAGCUUUUGCCAAUGUCACCUCCAGAUUGGAGAGCACCCCCUAAAAUACAGAAUGGGGACCAUCUAAAGCUUUUCUUGAAAAUUAAGGGGUGAGAAUUGCAGCACUUUGGGAGGCUUAAGUGGGAGGAUCACUUGAGAACAGCCUGGGCAACAUAAUGAGACCCUG